GCAGGCAGCGAGGGCAAGUCUCUGGGGUGUCAUCUAGAACAUGUCUUCCCACCUGAAAGCAGCAAAGAAGUUUCUUGCCUUCUUAGGAAAGUCCCUGUUUAGUGUUCUGGAAGGUAUGGUUUUAGCCAUAAUCUCAAAGCCGCGGAAGAACGUUGCUGGUGAGAUAGUCCUCAUAACAGGUGCAGGCAGUGGACUGGGAAGGCUCCUGGCCUUGCAGUUUGCCCGCCUGGGCUCUGUGCUCAUUCUCUGGGAUAUCAAUAAAGAAGGCAAUGAGGAGACGUGCCAGUUGGCUCUGAAUGCUGGAGCCAUGAAAGUACAUGCCUAUACCUGUGACUGCAGCCGGAGGGAAGAAGUAUACAAAGUGGCCGAUCAGGUUAAAAAAGAGGUUGGCGAUGUUUCCAUCCUAAUCAACAAUGCCGGAAUCGUUACAGGCAAAAGCUUCCUUGAAUGCCCAGAUGAGCAUAUGGAAAAGUCAUUUGACGUGAACUUCAAAGCACAUUUGUGGACAUAUAAAGCCUUCCUACCUGCUAUGAUUGCUAAUAAUCAUGGACAUUUGGUUUGCAUUUCAAGCUCUGCUGGAUUAGUUGGAGUUAAUGCACUAGCAGAUUAUUGUGCAAGUAAAUUUGCAGCCUUUGGCUUUGCAGAAUCUGUAUUUAUGGAGCAUUAUGCCCAAAACCAAGAAGGGAUCAAAACCACAAUUGUGUGCCCAUUUUUUAUAAAAACUGGGAUGUUUGAAGGUUGUACUAGUAGGUGUCCUCUGUUGCCGAUUCUGGAGCCAGAAUAUGCAGUCAGGAAAAUCAUAGAUGCUAUUCUGCAAGAAAGAGUGUACUUGUAUAUGCCAAAGUUUUUGUACUUCAUCAUGUUUUUAAAAAGUUUUUUGCCCAUCAAAACAGGAAUGCUCAUAGGAGACUAUUUGGGCAUCUUCAAUGUAAUGGAUGGCUUCACUGGCCCAAAGAAGAAAGUUUAAAGACCAACUCCAUGACUGAUGUCAUCUGAUACCGAACACUACUUAUGGCUUAUAUCAGUGAAGAAAAGUACUUUUGAUGGUGAUAGAAUAUAUGUAGAGACUAUAAGUACCAUUUGUAUUCUGCUAUCUGGACCAGAAUUUUCAAUCACUGUCUUUGAAAAUAUGAUUGUACUCACCUUUUCUGUUGA